CUGAAUAUAGAAAGAAAAGCCACUGCCCACUAGUAUAUAAGGUUGAUCUGGCCAUGUUCUUGUGAAGUACGCUUCAUUGCGUUUUUUACGGGUUAGAAUAAUUGUUCUGAAUCAGUUUAUUAGUGUCUUCUAUAACAACUUGAGAGUAAUUAUUUAACAUGUUUUUCAUUAUUUUAUUUCAGUAGGAGUAUAUUUACAUAUGCUCUAUCAUAAAUUCAUAAUCAAUCUUCUUUCACAAAGUCUUCGUGGGUUUUCUUACCUUCUUCUACCUCUUUCAAUUCUUCAAAAACAGUUUCUUGUACGAAAAUGUGAUUGUUUAGGGUGUAUUUUCGUCGUCUUAAGAAAAUCAAGUUCAAUCAGGUCUGAUUAGGUAUUGGUAAGUCCAAUCAGAUCUAAUCAGAGUUGAUCAAGUCGAAUCAAGUGUAACUAGCUAUAUAAGGUGAAAUCAGGAUUUAUCGUGUUCAAUUAAGUUUGAUAAGUAAAAUUCACAUAAGUUAGGUGAAUAUAGAGUUAGCACCUUUAUAUGUUUUUGUGACAAAAUGGAAGGGCUUAUGCAAUGUGCGGCCAACUUUGUUCCACUAACUCCUAUUAGUUUCUUGGAAAGAGCUGCAAGAGUUUAUCCUGACCAAACUUCAAUAGUUUAUGGGGGAGUCUCUUCUACAUGGAAAUUAACUCACCAAAGAUGUAUGAAACUUGCUUCAGCCCUAUCUUCUCUUGGGUUAUGUUAUGGCGAUAUUGUUGUAGCUCUGGUCCCAAAUAUACCAGAAUUAUAUGAACUACACUUUGGAGUUGCAAUGGCAGGAGGUGUUCUAUCUAGUUUAAAUCCAAGGUUAGACUCAACCACUUUAUCCUCAAUUUUGGAGGAAUUAAACCCCAAAUUUAUAUUUCUUGAUCACCAAAAUGUUCAAAAAAUCCUUCAAGCUCACCACCUUCUCAAUAACAAAAUGACCAAAAACCCUUCAUUAUUAGUCCUUACAUCAACAUUUUCCUCUUGUGUUAAGGCAUUACAAAAUAGCCUACAUUACAAUGAACUCCUUGAUUUAGGCCAAUUGGAUGAUUUUGAACCUCAUGUAACGCCUAAAAAUGAAUGUGAUCCAAUUCUAGUGAACCAUACUUCUGGAUCAACUGGUCGUCCUAAAGGUGUGGUUUAUAGUCAUAGAGCAACCUACCUAAACACCUUAGGAGAAAUUCUUCGAUGCGAUUUGAGAGAGCAUAUCAAAGUUGUGUUUCUAUGGACUGCUGACAUGUUUCGCGCGAAUGGAUGGGGAUACAUAUGGGCAAUUGCAGCUUUGGGUGGAACCAACAUUUUUCUUGAUGACAUGAAUAAUUGUAGUAACAUACUUCCCUCUAUAUCUUUGCAUAAUGUCACACAUUUUUCAGGACAUCCUAGCAUCUUAUCAAGUAUCAUUGAGGAAGAUAAUAAGAGUAGUAUGACUGAUACUGAUAUGAUUAUUCUUCCACAUAAGGUUUAUGCACAUGUUGCUGGUGUAUUACCACCAUACAAUAUACUAACCAAGAUUCAAAAAUUAGGAAUUGAGGUUGUAAAUAGGUAUGGUAUGACUGAGAUUUUAGGACCUUCAGUAAUUAACAAAUUGCUGAAUAAUAACAAGAAUAAGAGUACUACUGUUAAUAAUCCCAACAUCAUUGUUGAUCAUAUUAUGGAAGAAUUUGAUGUUAAGGAUCCAAAUACUAUGGAAAGUGUACCUUGUGAUGGUAAGACUAUAGGGGAAGUUAUGUUUAGAGGAAAUGCUUUGAUGAUGGGAUACCUUAAGUCUCCAACAGAGACUAAAAGGGUGUUCAACAAAGGGUGGUUUCACACCGGAGACUUGGCCAUUAGGCACCAAGAUGGUUGCAUACAACUCAAAGAUCGCGUCGUCGAUGUAAUCUUAUACAAGGGAGAGACUAUAAGUAGUUUGGAGAUUGAAGCUGUUUUGUUAACACAUCCAAAAGUCCUACAAGCUGCGGUGGUUGCCAUGCCUAUUAUUAACCAUGUUCCUAGUGAUGAUGAGGUACCUUGUGCUUUUCUUAAGCUUAAGAUUGGAUAUGAAGCAAGUGAAGCAGAGAUAGUACACUUUUGUAGUGAAAGACUACCUAUUCAAAUGAUUCCUAAGGUUGUGAUUUUUGGGAAUUUGGCUAUUAGUUCUACUGGAAAAGUGCAAAAGGUUAUUCUAAGGGAAGUAGCCAAAACGUACCUUGAAGAUAGAGAAGGUCGCUUAUCUCCCUUACAGGCAGCUGACAACCUCGCCCCUCUGGUUGCUUCAAGCUAAAUUUCGAUGUUUCGGUUAUUGACUCCUCAGUCGCUGCUAGUGUGGCCGUUCGCAACUCAGCUGGCCUUUUUAUGGCCGCACAAGUUAAUCAUUUUGGUCAAACCUUGGCUCUUGUUGCUGAAACUUUGGGGUUUAGAAAUCGACUUUUUCUUGCUAUUCAUCAGCAUAUUCAAGAUCUAUAUGUUGAAGGAGAUAAUCAAGUGUUAUAAGAGCUCUGCAAGGGCACUACGCUUACCCUUGGACCAUCCAACCCGUUAUCAUAUUGUUGACAGUUGUUUCGUUAGUUAAGAUUUUACACCAACAAGCAUAUUUUUCGGGAAUCCAAUUGAAUAGCGAAUCUUCAAUCAAGAAAUGGUCACUAUAUUUCGACUGA